AUGAGAGGCGAGAUUUGCCAUAUUCACAUCGGCCAGGCUGGUACUCAGCUGGGUAACAGUGCUUGGGAGCUGUAUCUCCUUGAGCACGGUCUCGGCGCAGAUGGCCGUCUAGACCCUGAGAAGGUUGAUGAGGUUAACCAGGGUGGUUCUUUCGAGACCUUCUUCACCGAAACUGGCAACGGCAAAUAUGUCCCCCGAUCCAUCUUUGUUGAUCUGGAUCCAUCGCCAAUUGAUGAAAUCCGCACCGGAGCCUACCGCCAACUCUUCCACCCCGAACAGCUAAUUAGCGGAAAGGAAGAUGCCGCCAACAACUACGCCCGUGGCCACUACACAAUUGGCAAGGAGCUUGUUGACUCUGUUGUUGACCGUGUCCGUCGGCUUGUCGACAACUGCAGCUCACUCCAGGGAUUUUUGAUUUUCCACUCUUUUGGCGGUGGCACCGGUUCUGGUUUCGGAGCUCUUCUUCUUGAACGUCUUUCCACCGAAUAUGGCAAGAAGUCCAAGCUGGAAUUCUCCGUAUACCCCUCUCCCCGUGUAUCGACUGCAGUCGUCGAGCCUUACAACGCCGUCCUAUCCACCCACAGUACCAUUGAGAACUCCGACUGCACUUUCCUGGUGGACAACGAAGCUGUUUAUGAUAUUUGCCGCCGCAACCUGGACAUUCCUCGCCCGGGCUACGAACAUCUUAACCGCCUGAUUGCCCAAGUUGUCAGCUCUAUCACUUCCAGUCUUCGGUUCGAUGGUGCCCUCAAUGUGGACCUGAAUGAGUUCCAGACUAACCUGGUGCCAUUCCCUCGCAUCCACUACCCGUUGAUCUCGUAUGCCCCGGUCAUCUCGAGCAACCGCAGUUCCCACGAAAGCUUCAGGGUCCAGGAUCUCACCCUCCAAUGUGCCGAGCCUAAUAACCAGAUGGUCGUUUGCGAUCCCCGUAAUGGUAAAUACAUGGCCGUUGCGCUCCUGUACCGUGGUGACUGCGUGCCUCGCGACUGCUCCCAGGCCAUUGCGUCUCUCAAGGCCAAGGCUUCUUUCAACCUGGUCGAAUGGUGUCCCACUGGCUUCAAGUUGGGCAUCAACUACCAGAAGCCUGCGCGCGUACCCGGAAGCGAACUCGCUCCUGUCGACCGUUCCGUCAGCAUGCUCUCCAACACGACUGCCAUUUCUGAAGCCUGGGGCCGCCUUGACCACAAGUUCGAUCUCAUGUACUCCAAGCGUGCCUUCGUGCAUUGGUACGUGGGUGAGGGUAUGGAAGAAGGUGAAUUCUCUGAGGCCCGUGAGGACUUGGCGGCUUUGGAGAAGGACUAUGAGGAGGUCGCCGGCGACAACUUCGACGCAGAACUUGAAGAAGAAGUUGAGUACUAA